UGUUGUCUGUGUCGCUUGUCAUUGUCAGUUUUUCAGUUUAUCUGUCAUAUCCUGUGUUUGUUGCGAAGCGUGCUAUUUUUAAUUUUAUAAAAAUAAAAAUAAGAAAAUACUAGCAAUUGUUACAUUUGUUACCUCUACAGACUUGUUUUACUUUUCUAUUUGUAACUAUGGAAAAUAUGAAUUGUAAUUUCGUCGCACCGACAUGUACGAAUGUUCCGGCUGAAAUUGCUCAAAAUAGUACCAUAUUAGAGGAGGGACCAAGGAUUUGUCCUCUAUGCAACGCACCUGUGAGACUGUACUAUGUGCACUACACGUCUAAACUAUUUAUGUGUGAAAACAUCGAGUGCGAGUAUCCAUUUGGUGGUGACUUUACAGUCUACUCCAGCGAUGAUGAUGAUUACUUCUUGUCAGAGUUUGACACUGCCAGUUUUAAGCGUAAGAGGGGCAGUAACGCUACACAGUCUAUAGCGCAGACAAUAAAUGGUACUUCAACUGUCGGGACUAAUUCAGAACUGUCAACCUCAGAAUGGUCCGAUAUAAACAGAUUAAACCAAGCCUAUGAUUCAGAUGAAAGCACGACGCUAUCAAAAAUAUUUACCAGAAAAUCGAAUAAACGUAAGACCGAUAAGAAAGUGAAAAAACAAGAGAAUGAAGAACAGAUUAAACAGAAUGUUGAAAAGAUAAAGGAACUGAAUAAAGUAUUGUUUGAAAACGAUGAUGAUAUAGAAAUAAUACGUAAUGAGAAAUGGAUUAAGAAUUUAUCCACAAUGCAGUCUUCCACCGGAGGUAAGUUGGUUAAGGAACAAGAACUACUGAAAUUAAAAAAGCUUGAACAAAAGCGUGUUCAAGAAUUAAAAAUUGACAUUGAAGCGUCAACAGAUUCCAUGUCUUGUAUCAAAAUUGAAAUUGGUGGUUUGGGAACAAGCAGUAAAACUUAAACAUUGUUUUGAUUGUGUUGUUUUGAUACAUUAAAAUAUAUUUUUUUUUUAUAAGGUACGGUACAUACCGAAGUAUGUCUUGUUUGAAAGAUGUAUCCUGAUUAUUUGUUAAUGAUCUUUUGCAUAGUCAGGUUGGGAUUCUAAUAUUUUAGUACAAAUUAUACUAUUUGUGCUUCUUUGAAUAGGAGUAUUGAAAUUUGGUCUGCUGUGCAAAAAGCUGUGACAAUACACAAAGGUACCAUUGUUUUUCUAAUAUUAGUUUAUAUUAUGUAACUGAACAGGGAACAUGUAUGUAGUAUGUAUGUCAUACGUAAUAGGGGUAAUAAUUAAAAGAAUUAAUAUGAAUGAUUAUAUUGUUUUGUCCAUCCAUCAAAAACUAUUUAUUGUGAUAGGUGUUACCUGUGUUGUGAAAGUUAAAAUUAUAAUGUGAUUUUUGAGUUA